GUGAGAGGCAGAGAAAAAGUAAGCAAAAAGCAAGUGGUUCAAGUACGAUCCAUCGUUCACGAUCCAUUUUCACGGGUGUAAGAGCACGAGAAGGAUUGCGUAAGAGAGGAAUCCGCGGCAUCGACGAAUCCCUCCCCUACCUUCCUGGGAUCUUCUCUUUCUCCGUUCGUCCGGUGUGGGAGCCCCGGAAAAGAGGGGCUCUCAAGAACCCCCCCUUGUUCCUGCCCGAUCUCUAAAGCCAUAUAUAUACCACCACCUCGUGGUGGCAUCCUUCGUGAAAGAAACUUUGCCGGCAAACACCGUGGAGGACCGAACCUCGGCGGCGGGCGGCGGUGGUCCAGCGGAUCCGUCGAGUGAAAAUCGAAACAUACAUCGAGAUAAAUGAACACCACGUGGAGGGACACUGCGGAUUAACGUGAUCUUUACGGAUCUUUUUUGCGCAAAACAGAGAUGAUUUCGCGGUACCAAAUUUUGUGCCUGCUCCUGGUGCUCGCCACGGUUUUACUGUAUCGAGCGAUGGCGCAAGUAGACGGUUACACGCCUGGUGUGGACUAUCCGAUCUACGACUCGGUGCCUUUCGGUCUCACGUUUACCUGCGGAGGCAAGUUACCUGGUUAUUACGCCGAUCCCGAAGCUAGAUGUCAGGUUUGGCAUUGGUGCUUGCCAAAUGGGCGCAUGUUUAGCUUCCUUUGUCCAAACGGUACCGUUUUCAGCCAGUCUGCUCGCGUCUGUGAUUGGUGGUUCAAGGUUGAUUGCAACGAUUCGCCAAGACUGUACGGUAUCAACGAUGACCUGUACAGAGACGUGAACGGGAACAAGAUUUAAUAAUCGUUAAUAUCUGUGAAUAUUUAAACGCGUGUCGACAAAAAGUAUUUCCGUCUCUAAAGACGAGACAGUAUUUCAACGGAAGCAAGAUGCGUGCAACGAGUUGCGAGUUUCUAGCUUGCCGACGGAGAAAAGCAGAGCGCUGUAAUAUUGUCAGACGUUAAAUUACGCGACGACGAUCGAACGUUACGAAAUGUUCGAACUUGUAGCUACAUUUUCGAAAAGAACCAAGUUAAAAUUUUCCCAGAGAAAUUAAUCCAAAUUACUUACUCUUAAUCUCUUUAUAACAAAUUUGAUUCCUCAAUAAAGAACAACAGAUGCAUCAACCUUUUU